UCCACUUCCCCACCAACUCCGCCAAAAUCGGAGCAAUCCCCGCAGCGGAUCGCGGAAGGAUUCAAACCCCAAAACCCUAGGCCGACUCCUCCCCUUCCAGUCCCACUCGCCCGCAUGGCCCCGAAGCGCCCGGCCGCCGCCGCCGCGUCGGGGUCGGCUUCCGACGCCUCCGACGACGAGGCGGACGCGGCCCGCCGCCGCCACUCCCGCUCCCGUUCCAAGACCCCGCCCCCCAAACUUCACCCUAACGCCGCUGCGCUUUCCUCCACCCCCGUCUCCGCGGGCGCCGACUUCGCCGCCGCAUCCGACUCCGACGCCGGCGGACGGGUCCCAUCCCCGAGGCGCAGCGACCGUGAGCGCUCCCCCCGCCUCCACUCCGACUCUGACGCCGCCGGCCGGGUCUCGUCCCCGAGGCGCAGCCGCGAGCGCUUCCCCCGCCUCCACUCGGACUCCGACAACUCCGCCGCCUCAGACGACGGUGACAGAAACGCCUCGCCGCCGCCUCGCUCGCGCCGCUCCUCCCGCAUCGAGACCUCCAACAUCAGGCCCAUCAGCUCGCGCGCCAUCGACGCGCCCUGCCGCGAGGUCGGUGACUCUCCACGGCACCGCUCCAGGCGUUCCCACAGCUUCCGAGUGCGGCACACCCCGGAGUACAACAAGCGGCCACCCCGGACUUGGAGCCCCGAAGAUGAGAUCACCAUACUGCGUGCCCUGAUUGAGUACCGCGCUAAGAAAGGCCUGCUCCCGGGAUCCAUUCAGAACACAAGCAAGCUACACAGCCAAAUUUGUGGGAAGCUCUCUGCUAUGGCGUCCACUACCCAGCUCGGUGAAAAGGUCAGGCGGCUCAAGCAUAAGUACAAGUUGCUGGUGACCAGAGCGAAGAAUGGGCGUGAUCCAAACUUAUCAACAGCGCAUGAGCGUGAUGUCUAUGAACUUAGCCAGAAAGUUUGGGGAUUAAAGAGUGGUGGUGAUGUUGGUGUAGCAGGAGGUUCUCAUGCAUACGAGGAUGCUGGGGACGCAGAGAGCGACGAGGAGCAGGAGAUUGAAGAGAGUGAUGAGGAUAUGGAGAGUGGGUGGGACGUCCAUAGUCGCACGAACAAGAAGCCGAAGGUGUUUAGAUUUGACAAUGGGAAUGGGAAUGCAAUUGUGACUGGGGGCAGGAAUAGGACUAUCCAUGGCGAUGGUGGUGGGAGAGAUGACGCUGAGAAGGGGAAACAAAUGUACCCAUACCUAUGGGAGGCUGUUGAGGAGCUGUCGAAGGAGCACCCGAGUGGGCCAAUAUUCAGGAAGGCGUUUGGUGUGCUUGACAAGUCAAAGGCACAAGCGGUGGAAGAGAAGCUUCGGAAGUUCAGAAUGUCAGAGAUCAGGCAGCAGCUACGUCGGAUGGACCUGUUGAAGGAGACAGUGUCGAUGGUGCUUGAUGUGCUGGAGGGUGCUGAAUGAUUAUGUUGACAUUUAGGUACUGUUGGAUUUUGGAAUGUGCGGUUCGGUGAGUAUGUUGCUCAAAAAGGGUGAUCGAAGUCGUCCAGUUGCCUAGAGUAGUCUUGUUCUAAUGUUAUAGAUAUAGAUGGUUGGUUGUGUCAACUUUUGUGGACAAGGAUAUACUUCGAUCACAAUUAGAUCUAGAACUAGACCAAGGAGUUAUGGCCCCUGCUUGUUAUCCUCCAUGAAAGAUUAUGCUUUAUGUUGCUUAGGUGCUAA